GUCCUCCAUGCUGUCUUGAUGCCUCCUUCCUUUCAGUCACCCUCUUAGCUCAUGCUGCCUCAGUGAGGCAGCUGUACUUCACCAUCGCCCUUGGCCUGCUCCUCUUCUCCCCCAAGGACUUCAUCCACAGCCAACCCAGUGCUAGAACAUUCUCCUCUGGUCGCAGCCACGGGUGGUGGAGAGGGAAAGGGCUAGACAUUUUUAACCUCGGCCCGAUUGUGAUGUAAAUACUGUGUGACCCUAGGCCCAAAUGGGCAGCGGUCCUGCCCGCCCUCACCACCCCCAGACCUAGCACUGGUGAAGUCACCGCUCCCUGAGCCAGGCCCUGAGGGAGAGGAGUUGAGGACAGAGCCCGCGGUGUCUGCGUGGGCCAGGGAUGCCAGACUCCUGCGCCCCGAUCUGAGGGCCUGUGUGACCCGGUCUCUAGGCACCAUAGCCUGAGCCUGCAGCCCCCAAGCUUGAGUCCCCGCGCUGAGUGCCAGAGUAGCCCUGGGCAGCGAGGGUUCCCUGGCGAGAGGAACAAUCUGUGAUGUCACAGCGCCAACGCACGGGUCACAGUGCAGCCCUCCCCCUCGACCACCCGGCCUGGGCGAGCGGCAGACACCUGCCCGGCCCCUCCUGGACCGGAGCAACCUCCCGUGGCCAGGGCUCGGGCAACCGCUUCCAGCCUGGGACCGGCCUCGGCCUCCGAGUGCCCCGGGGCCUGGACAUGAGUGCCCAGGAGCCCCCGCAAGGACGCAGAUUCCCCAUUGAGGCCGGAGACUCCCCUGGCCUUGCCGCCGCCCCCGAGUCCCAGGACAACCCGGAGACGGUAGCUACCGAGCACAACCCCGUCAGGUGAGGCCGGCGCCCCGCCCUGCGGCCCCGCGCUCCGCCCCA